CAGCUGUGAGAAGCCGGGGUAACGAGCAGCACUUGAACGCUGCACCAGACUCCAGCUUGCUUACACGAAUACACACUCAUCCAGCAGCGGCUGUUAGGUAAACUAAAGUGUGCGGCUGGCUCCUGCUGUGAGAACGGUAUUACACACACCAAACAAACCGACAUGGAGGAAAUGUUUUGGGGACAGGACCGCCGAGAGAGAGUCGACCGGAGGAUGUAACGGCAGCUCCAGAGCCGUUGCAACUGCACGAGGCGGCAGACCGAAUACAAAAGAAACCGCCGAGAAGAGGAGGCGAUGGUGGGGAGAGGAGCAGCAGCAGGGGGAGCGGGUUUCACUUAGACCCGAGCUUCAGUUUCAUGAAAACCCCAUAAACUUUAAAACUGGGUUAUAAUUGCAAGUAAAUCCUCCAGCAUGUCGGAUCCGAGUCACUGGUCUGCGGCGCCAAACCAGAACAAGUCCCAUUUUGUUCCGGGAGCGUUGCUGAAGCGCUCAAAAAGCUGUCGCAGCAGCAACAGGAAGAGCCUCGGUGUCGGGACGCCAUCACCCACCCUGUCCCGGCCGCUCUCCCCGCUCUCACUCCACACUGCUGCGAGCAGCCCUCUAGACAGCCCUCGAAAUGUGUCGACCAGUGCCUACCUCAACUUUCCAUUUGCCCGAAGUCACUUGGCUCGCGCCGACAGAGCUGAGGGCCGGAGAUGGUCUCUGGCAUCCCUCCCCUCGUCUGGCUAUGGAACCAACCCGCCAAGCUCCACUGUCUCAUCCUCCUCGUCCUCCCAGGAGCGUCUUCACCAGCUUCCCUACCAGCCCACUCAAGAUGAGCUGCACUUCCUUUUCAAACACUUCCGCAGCACAGACAGCAUGACCGACGAGGAUGGCCGGCCCUCGACGGUCAUACGACCUCGGUCUCGAAGCCUCAGCCCCGGGCGAUCAAGUGUCUCAUUUGAUAAUGAGAUUGUGAUGAUGAACCAUGUUUACAGAGAACGUUUUCCAAAGGCAACAGCCCAGAUGGAGGAACGCUUGUUUGACAUUAUCACCCACUGCUCUCCAGACAGCUCCCUCCCGUUGGCUGACGGGGUGCUGGGCUUCAUCCAGCACCAGUUGGUCGAGCUGGUUAGAGACUGUCUGGACAAGUCCCAGAAAGGCCUCGUUACCUCCCGCUACUUCGCUGAGCUGCAGGAGAAGCUGGAGAAGCUGCUUCAUGAGGCCUACGAGCGUUCUGAAAGCGAGGAGGUAACCGUCAUCAUCCAUUUGGUGAGGAAGAUCCUCAUCAUAAUCUCUCGGCCGGCUCGCCUCCUGGAGUGUCUGGAGUUUGACCCAGAAGAGUUUUAUCACCUGCUUGAGGCAGCAGAGGGUCACGCCAAAGUCGGCCAGGGAAUCAAGACGGACAUCCCACGCUACAUCAUCAGCCAGCUGGGUCUGACACGGGACCCAUUAGAAGACAUGGUUCAGCUUGAACAGUAUGAAGCCAAUCCUUCAGUGGAGCCAGAAUCCAAUGUGGAGAAUAAGACGCUGACACCGACUCGAAGGAAACCUUUUGAGAGUGAUUUUGAAACGAUCAAACUCAUCAGUAAUGGAGCUUACGGGGCUGUGUAUCUGGUCCGUCACAAGGAGACCCGCCAACGGUUUGCCAUGAAAAAGAUAAAUCGUCAGAACCUCGUCCUGAGGAACCAGAUACAGCAGGCUUUUGUGGAGCGAGACAUCCUGACUUUUGCCGAGAACCCCUUCGUUGUCUCCAUGUUCUGCUCUUUUGAGACACGACGUCACCUCUGCAUGGUCAUGGAGUAUGUGGAAGGUGGAGAUUGUGCCAACCUGCUCAAGAACAUGGGCCCACUGCCUGUGGAAAUGACACGUUUGUACUUUGCUGAAACAGUCCUGGCCCUGGAGUACCUUCACAACUAUGGUAUUGUGCAUCGGGAUCUCAAACCUGACAAUUUGUUGAUUACAUCUAUGGGCCACAUCAAGCUGACGGACUUCGGCCUGUCUAAAAUUGGCCUGAUGAACAUGACCACCAACCUGUACGAGGGUCACAUGGAGAAAGACACGAGAGAGUUUGUAGACAAACAGGUGUGUGGCACUCCGGAGUACAUUGCCCCGGAGGUGAUCCUCAGACAGGGCUAUGGCAAGCCAGUAGACUGGUGGGCGAUGGGGGUCAUCCUCUAUGAAUUCCUGGUAGGCUGCGUUCCAUUCUUUGGAGACACACCUGAAGAGCUUUUUGGACAAGUUGUCAGUGAUGAAAUCAUUUGGCCAGAAGGAGAUGAUGCCUUGCCUUUUGAAGCCCAGGAUCUGAUCACCCGCUUCCUCAGACAGAGUCCUUUAGACCGACUUGGAACGGGCGGAGCCCCGGAGGUCAGACAGCACCCCUUCUUCUUCGGUUUGGAUUGGAAUGGACUCCUGAGGCAGAAAGCUGAAUUCAUCCCGCAGCUGGAGGCGGAGGACGACACCAGCUACUUUGACACUCGUUCAGAGCGUUACCAUCAUUUGGCGUCUGACGAGGAUGAGGAAACCAAUGAUGAAGAGUCUUCCUUGGAAAUCAGACAGUUUUCUUCUUGGUCGCAUCGCUUCAGCAAGGUUUACAGCAGCACAGAACAUCUGGCAACGCCGUUCAACCUGAGCUUCUCCUCUGACCGCAGCCACAGCGAGGACAAAGAGGACCGCGGGGACAUAGGAGGACUCAGUCCCUACCUGAGCUCGGCAGAGGGCAGCGCAGAGCGCAGACAUGCCGGACGCAUGGCCAGCCUUCGCCCUCGGGCCUCCUCCAGCUCCUCCCAGUCUGAGAGGAGCACCAGUCCUCUGGUGAUGAGCAGCACCCACAGCCUGGAGACGAUGCCCCGCUUCGCCCUCUCCACUGACGAUGAAGCUGAGGUGGUUGUGUCAAACCUUCGGAGGAUCAGGAUUCGCAGUAACAGCACCGGGGCCAAACACUCGUCCCCCAAGGAACCGGCCGGCCCUCGGCGCUUUGGUAACCAACUGGAGACACCGGACAGACAGAGGCUUCCCUGUGGAGGAAAUGUUCCCAAGUCGGCCUCGAUAUCAGCCCUAUCUCUCAUCAUCACUUCAGAUGACUCGCCCGGCUGCCUUCAGCCCAGUCCCAUCUCCCCACGCUCUCUGUCCUCCAACCCUUCAUCCCGUGACUCUUCCCCCAGCCGGGACCUGUCGCUCAGCCCCGGCAGCCUGAGGCCUCCCAUUGUCAUUCACACCUCAGGGAAGAAAUACGGCUUCACCCUGCAGGCCAUCCGGGUCUACAUGGGCGACAGCGAUGUCUACACGGUGCAUCACAUGGUGUCGAGUGUGGAGGAGGGCAAUCCGGCUCACCAGGCAGGUCUCCGCACUGGAGACCUCAUCACCCACGUGAACGGAGAGUCUGUCCAAGGCCUGGUCCACCCUGAGAUGAUAGAACUGCUACUGAAGAGUGGCAGCACGGUGUCGCUUCAGACCAUAGCGCUUGAGAACACGUCGAUCAAAGUGGGUCCAGCUCGAAAGACCAAACACAAAGGCAAGAUGGCUCGUCGCAGCAAGAAGAGCAAGAGGAGAGAUAAUUAUGACAGGCGACGAAGCAUCUUGAAGAAGCUGUCCAAGCAGAGCACAGUGAUACACAGCAGUCGCAGCUUCAACUCAGGUCUCCACCACUCGGUGUCCUCCAGCGAGAGUCUUCCAGGCUCCCCGACACACAGCAUCUCCCCCGGGCCCUCCACCCCCUGCCGGAGCCCCGCACCCGACCAUCAGGCCUUUGACAAUAACUCCCCUCAGAGCACGUCUCCUUGCUCCAGCUCUCCCAGUUCCCCCGCUGCACACAUCCGGCCCAGCUCUCUGCACGGCCUGGGCUCCAAACUCGGCACACAGCGCUACACUAAGGCGGGCCGCCGGAAGUCAACUAGCAACAUCCCCCCCUCACCCCUGGCCUGCAACUCCUCUUCAUCUUCUACCCAGCCUCUUUCUCCACAGCGCUCUCCCUCUCCACUGUCAGGUUUCGCCAAAACCCUUCACAGCUACCACGGCAAAACUCUGUCCCCACCCACGAUCGUUAGACACAUUGUCCGGCCCCGCAGCGCCGAGCCACCUCGCUCUCCUCUCCUGAAGAGGGUACAGUCAGCUGAGAAGCUGUCUGGUGUGUAUCAUGCUGAUAAGAAGUCGUACACGCCCCGCAGGCACACGCUGGAAGUGCCGUUUUACGGAGAGGGGGACCUGCUCGGUGAUUUGGAAGCCGACGGUACUUGUGGAGGCCCCUUCAUUGGGGCCGAUCUCAGCAGGCUGGGGGGUUACAUCGGCAGCCAGAGGCUGAGGGACUCUGGGAUGGAACGAUCGGAGCAGCUGGUCGUGAUGCGAAAGCUCAACCUAUCAGAGCGGAGAGACUCCUUUAAGAAACAGGAGGCGGUGCAGGAGGUGAGCUUUGACGAGCCGGAGGAGAAAACCAGCACCGCGGUUACAGUGAUAACCACAGCUCCAGGAGCCCAAACACAAAAUCAGCAGCUGCAGCAGCAGCAGCACAGGACGGCCUGGACUGUCACUCGACCCCAAACCAGCGUGGAGGUGGAAGUGCCGGAGGUGAGGAGGUUCGCUCUGGUGCCCCAGAUCGCCGUGCAGGGCUCAACAGAGAGCGAGCAGGAUGAGUGGGAGCCGUGUUCAGAUGGAGAGGAAACCAACAACGAGAGACCGGAGCCGCAGGUGGCCGUCACUUCAUCUCAGCCACAACAGGCAGGACAUCCUCUUGGUGACAACAGCUGCAGCCAGGCAGCAGAAACCCCCCCCACUGGUCCUCAUGUUGGACCACCAACAGAGAAGACUCCACAAAAAGGGCAUUUGAGAAAGUGACAACACACCACUGCACUCAUUGCAACUGCUUUGAUCUUUUCUUUCAAGCCUUUCAAACGUUGUAAACUCAUUUACAAACUUGUCUGGCUGAGAGAAAGUGGGAGAAGAUUUUACUUGAAUUUUUUAAUUGUUAAUAUUUGCCUCAAGGCAUUGCAGACGUUCUGGUCUUAUUUAUUACAUUUGUAAACUAUGAUGAGUUGGUAACGGGGGUAAGAGGGAAGUUCUGGUUGAACAGCCAAGGGUCAACAUUUUUGUAUCCAUCAAUCGUGGUUUUAUGUCUUUUGACUGGAUUGCUUUUUGUAUAAAUGUCUAUUUUUUAAAUACAUUGUCGCAGUUCAGAGUAGUUUGAUAACGCUGGGCAUAACUGUUGUCGGACCAAAAGGUACUAUUUUUCUCUGUCAGUUUAGAUCUUAACAGUACAGCCUUGAAUAGCAUACUGCUAUUAUAUUGAUCUCCAUAAACCUAAGAAUGACCUUUGGUUCACACUGUGAGCGACAUGGUUGAUGUCAUUUUCUGAUCAGUUAUCGGCAGGAGUAUCUAUAAUAUACAACUGCAAUACUCAUUUUAUUUUUUUUGCUGCUUUGUUUUGGUACUACAUCCUUCAAAAGCUUCAAAGAAAACUUCAAAGCUACCAAGCACUAAUUAGCAUGCACGAAAAAGCUGCUCAAGUUCAAAAGUUGCUCAAAACUGGGGAGCUUUGUACAGCUGGAAUUCCUCCACUUUGCACUCGUCAGACACAACUAUUGUUCAUGCAACAAUCACAUUGGUGUGGAAAGAAGCAAUGAUGCGGUUGUCUGACCGAAGAGUGAGCCACGUUUCUCUGGCAACUUCAUCAAAUCUGUAAAAAGAUAAAAGUUCUUCCAUUGACUUGUUGAUCAUGUACCUUGCAGUGUGAAUAUGUGGUCACAGCAACAUUUUUCCCGGUCAGUGCAGGGUAAUAUUGCACACAGAAAGUACAAUCUGUUACGAAGACAUGAUAUAGCCGAUUCAAAAAAAGGGUGUAAUGUGCCACGAUAUCAGUGCAGUGUCCUCUAAGCCAUAUCGUUAAAAACAAAAAUCAUUUAUGUUGUUUGGGAAUCUUUACUCAACAUGAAGAUGUUUCUAAGUGUGUGGUUUUCCCACUGGUAUUGCAAUCUUUAUCAUAACGUUGAGGAUGAAGUCCUGGAUGUCGCAGAACAUGACACACUCUGCUUUUGUUUCUACUAUAUAUAAACUCAGUGUGAUACCGUAUCGUAGAGGUAUCUCAAAUUCAGUUUUGUGUGUUUUCCUGCUCACUAUUUGACAUCUGUAAACGCAGAUUCAGCAUGGCUCUACAUCCGUCAUAACUUGUUCUACUCAAAGCAUGCAAUUUACAGAAAAAACGUUGAGCAGCCAAAUCAAAGUCUAUGUCUUCUUCAGAGCCUUGAGGGAAAUAUCUUUUUGUUUAUAACGUUUUAGUAUUUAUUUUUUUGGUCUUUUCUUACCUAUAAUAAUAGCAAGACAUUUUGUACCUGGAAAAGUAUUGCAUCCUUGUGUAUUUUUUGGAGUAUCUUUUCCUGAAACCGUAGCUUUCGUCUUCGUUUUUUCACAUGAGCAUGUAAGAGACACCAUGCCUACAAGACCUGUUCCUACUUACUUUACUGUGUAGUGAUGUUUACAUCGAGAGGAAAAGUGCACUGAUGUAUUUUGUAAGAGAAUGUUGAAGGUAAAUUGAAGAUGGCAGAGGGAAACUCCUUGCAUUGAAUCCAAAUCCAGGGCUUCUUUGAACAAAUGUGUUAUGUCUUUGUAUCGUACAAAUAUUGAUGUAUAUUUUGAUAACAAGGGUGCGUAUAAUUCCAGAUGUGUUGAAAGACAUGAUAUGCACAAUGACAAGUCGAGGCACCAGGAUUUUGGGAAGUCUGACUUGAGGGAAUGGGCUGUUAGUAUUUAAUAUGUACUUCCCGAGUUUUGAGGUUUAUUGUCUAAUUUGUAAGUGGUUGUUGCCGGCUUUUUGUACCGACUUUAUCCUGAGUCUUCUGUUUCUAAAGCAUCAGAACUGUUGAGUUAAUUAAGUCCCUCUUCCUCCUUAAAUCUCAUGACGACGACCUUUUAGAGGGUGCUUUUGUCGUGUCACUGAGCAGCACGGAGAGAUUAUGUCGCUGAAUGGCUCAGUUAUUUUUGCAGUCUGUCAGAAUUGUUUACAAUGAACAAACAUGCUAUGUACUGUACAAACAUUUUAUAUGCUGUGGCUGUAUAUGAUGAAACUACUCUCUUUGAUACCAUGAAAGAAAACGACACUCAUCGACGUAACAUGUCAGGUUUUGUUCUUUUCAAAAAUGUUCAUAAAGAGUAAUUUAGCACCAAGCGGAGAAGCAUUUAGUGUUUUUACAUGCACUCAAUUAACGGGUUCAUCUGCUUUUUGAAAAUAGCUUUUUUUUUGGAAGGAGAAAACACUGUUUUAUUAACUGGCAAAGGGAUGAGAGGAAUUCUUGUUAACGCAGCUAAACUGCUGAGAAAACUGAUUUCUUGGCCAUGUUUUAUUAAAUCUUUUUUUAUUUUUUAUUAUUAUUUUAACAUAUGCAUAUAGGAGAAAGUAAUACUGCAGAGGGAUGAAUACAAAAUAUACAUAAUUGCUCUAGAGGUACGUUUAUGUAAAAAAAAAAAAAUAGGAUACAAGUCAGACAAACUAAAACAGCCAGUGUAACACUAUUUGUACACGUUAGACACAUUU